AUGGCAGCGGUGCGGUUUCUGCUUCCUGACCUCUGCCGGGCCCAGAUCCGGGGGCUUCUCCUCGAUGUUUGUGUGGUGGUGCGGCCAGCGGGUCAAUUUGGCUUCUGUUCUCCCUGUAGAAACUUUGCCCGUGGAGCCUGCAGAUGGGGUCAGAAUUGCCGUUUCGCCCACGACCGGAAGUCCGCCCAGAUCUGCAGGUAUUUCCAGAAUGGGUUCUGUGGCUACGGAGACCGCUGCAGCUACCAGCACAUCCAAGAAUCUCCGGCCCCUGCUUGGAGCAGGUGCGGCUCACAGCCAGCCUUGUCCCUGAGCCGCCGGGGUUCGGAGCCGUCUGUCCGGCCAGAAGCAGCAGCUGGGAGCCGGGGAGGUGCCAGGCGUGGCUCGGAGCCUUCUGUCCCCAGCAUGAGGCAGCUGCAACUGAAUUUCAGGCAGCUGAGCACAGAGUUUGAGGAGGAAGAGGAAGAUAAAGGGACUGUUCCUGUCCUCACGAAUCCCCCGAACAGGGCUUUGAGCAGAGAGCUUGUCCCCAGGCAGGCCCAGCCUGGAUCUGGUUCCCGACCACAGGAUCUGGGAUUGCAAAGAACGUCCCUGGAACCCAAGGAAGCAUCUAACAAGGCGAUUGCCCCAGCACCUCAAGCCCUGGAGGCUUCUGGCGGGCUGGGAGCAGCUGCUGCUUCGGGGGCGGAGCUGAGAAGCGAGGACGUGGUGUGCGGCAUCUGCAUGGACAAGGUCUAUGAAAAGUCCUUGCCCGAGGAGCGCAUGUUUGGCAUCCUGCCCAACUGCUGCCAUGCCUACUGCAUUGGCUGCAUCCGCAAGUGGCGGAAGACCCGGGAGUUCCAGAACACGGUGAUCAAGGCCUGCCCUGAGUGCCGGGUCACAUCCAGCUACUUCAUCCCCCACAAAUUCUGGGUCUCUGAUGCGGACGAAAAGGAGAAGCUGAUCGAAACCUUCAAGGCGCGGACUGGGAAAAUCAGAUGCAAGUUCUUUGCAAGUGGCCGUGGCCGCUGUCCCUUUAAAUCUGAGUGCAUCUAUCUCCAUGAGCGGCCGGCCGGCAGGCAGCCCCCUCGACAGAGAGCUCCACGCAGGAGAAGCCCGGUGGCAUUCAACCCUUCUCCCUCUGAGAGCUCCGAGGAGGACGAUGAGUCGUGCUUGUUCCAGUGGGCUCUCACUUUCGCUCUGCUGCGGGGGGAAGUCGACUAUCCCGACUACUGCCAUGACUACUUCCUGUGGGAUUCCAGUGACUCAGACUAGAAAUGUGGCCGGUCCUGGCUUGGUCGCUUGG